UCCUGCUGCCACCAAGGAUGGAGAGCUGCUGGGGCCUCUUCUGGGUCACGGUGCUGGGCUUCCUGGCGCAUGUGCAAGGUCAGCGUGACUUCGAUUUGGCUGACGCUCUCGACGACCCCGAGCCCACCAAGAAGCCGAACUCAGAUCUCUACCCAAGGCCGAAACCGCCGUACCACCCGCAGCCCGGGAUGCCGGACGACGGUGGAAAUAUCUACCCAAAGCUGAGGCCACACCCUCGCCCUCAGCCCGGCGGUUCUGACGGCGGCGGAGGUUACUUUGGCAACACCGACCGGGAUGACGGCCGCUACCCGCCCAGACCCAAGCCGCCCGCAGGAGGAGGUGGGAGCUACUACCCCAGCAACGACGGGUCUGGAAACACGCACGGAGGAGGGCGCUCUAGACCCAACUCGUACGGAAAUAAUUAUGGCGGAGACGGAUACUCGACCUCCGGGAACCCACAGGGUAACACGGUAGCGAAAAUCGUGUCUCCCGUCGUGUCCGUGCUGGUGGUCACGCUGGUGGGUGCCGCGGCCGGUUACUGCCAACGCAACCGAAUGAGGAACUGUUUGAGGACAAAUGAACCAGCACACGUGUGAGGGUUUGGAGACCCAGCGGUCGCUUGGGAAGAUGCUUGGUGUAGACAGGAAUGCCGUUGGCCGCUCCUGGGACACUUCCUUUCGUCGUCGACGUCACCCGCCGCACUGACGUGACUUCGGUUUGGCCCAGAAAGCAUCCCCAGUCCGCAGGACACGGUGCAUUCAUGAGCAUGACUGGGUUCCUCCUCGGGUCGAACAAAGAUUCUUCCUUCCUCUGAUGGUUUGAUCGCGCCUGUGGAUAGAUGCCGUCUCUGGCUUGGGUUCCCAGCGCUACCUCGGCCUGCAGGACGUGCAUGUGGGUGACCCAUGUGUGUCUCCCCAAAGCACAGUGCAGGUCCCAGGACACGGGUGCUGUCUUCUUCUGGGGUAUCAGGAACACCACUGGGGGUGGGGGGAUGGUUUCCAGGAAGCUCUGGGGGGAAGCUUGGCCCAGGCUGAGUCUCUAUCCGAGGGCCGGCGCCCGCCGGUGCCCGCCGGUCUGGCUCUUGUGGGAUGCGGGAUUCUCAGCCCUGGGGACGGCUUCGACCAACCCUCCCUCCCCUGCCCGUAACCUGCACACACCGAGGUUGGGUUUUGGGAUUGUACAUGCACAGUUGCUCGAGUGCAAGCCGUCUCGGGGG